AUGUUGAUUCUUAUGUUGGUUUUAUUGACCGCCCUGCAGGCUCAGGCCUGUGUUAAUCGAGUUCCUGUGGUCAAAAUGCGUGGAACUCUGGUAACAAUGCGUAAACACCAAAAUUAUGCCAACUGCACUACAAACUGUGGCCCCUUGGUGGGGAGAACCAGAACUGAGACUUACAUGGGAUUCCAUGAUGUUUGCUGUGAUGGCUACAUACGCAAUGAGGAGAAUGAGUGUGUGCCGCAGUGCAAGGAUUGUGGACUCGGUGGAAAGUGCCUGUCGCCGAAUGUGUGUUUGUGUGAGAAGGGCUUCUCGAAUCGUCAGGAUCGCAGUCACUGUGAGCCGGAGUGCAGCGACCCCUGCGUGAACGGAAACUGCGUGGGUCCGGAUGAGUGUGAGUGCCUUGCGGGCUACCGCUUCUAUAAUGGCUCCCAGAAGGAAUGUGAGCCUAUGUGCAAGGAGGACUGUGUGAAUGGUCGGUGCCUGGAGACGGGGAAGUGCCAGUGCAACAACGGCUAUCAGCGGGACGAGAAGCUGAGCAAGUGUGUGCCCAUCUGCCAGGAUGUCUGCUAUCACGGCGAGUGUGUGGCGCCCAACGAGUGCCGCUGCAAUCCCGGCCACGAGCAACGACUGGGGCAACCCUGGAUCUGCGAUCCGAUCUGCUCCAGCGGCUGCGCCAAUGGCAACUGCAUAGACGCCGAGCAGUGCUACUGCAAGGCGGGCUAUGCCCACAAGGACAGCACCCUCGCCUCGGGCUGUGAGCCAGUGUGCAAUCCCGCCUGCGUGAACGGCACCUGCAUCUCGCCGGGUCACUGCGCCUGCUCCGAGGGCCACGUCUUCGCCGAGGGCUCGCGCCACGAGUGUGUGCCCUCCUGCCGUUCUGGCUGCGAAAACGGCUUCUGCAGUGCUCCCGGUCGCUGUGAAUGCCACGAGGGCUUCGAGAAGCUCUCGCCGCACCGCUGCUCGCCGACCUGUCAACCGGCCUGUGGCCGCAACUCCCGCUGUUCCGCUCCGGACACCUGUGCCUGCGACGCCGGCUACGUCUUCGUCAACGGCAGCUCCACCGAGUGCGAGCCCUUCUGCCCCAGGAACUGCCGCAACGGCAUCUGCAGCAGUCCCGGCGUUUGUACCUGCUUGGACGGGUAUCAGGCUCUCCUCUCGUUCUACUGCAUCCCUGUGUGCACAAAGUCCUGCAUCCACGGCAGCUGCGUGGCGCCCAACGAGUGUCGCUGCUUCACCGGCUACCGACCGAGUUCCACCCAGGGAACAAGUGUCUGCGAACCGAUUUGCAGCCAGGAUUGUGGUCACGGUCGCUGCAUCGCCCCCGAGAUUUGCCAGUGCGACGUGGGCUACGCGAAGCGGUGGCCCCGCGGCUCCUGUGAGCCCCACUGCCCCCAGAAGUGCAUCAAUAGUCACUGCGAGGGAUCGGGACUGUGUCGCUGCUACGAGGGCUACAAGCUGCGAGCGGGAUCCAACUCCAUCUGUGAUCCGGAGUGCACGCCGGGCUGCAGAAACGGCACCUGUGUGGAGCCCAACAGCUGUGCCUGCUUCACGGGCUACGAGGACACCAAGCUGCCGUACGAGUGUACGCCCACCUGUCGUCCCAGGUGCGAGAAUGGUCGCUGCUCCGCCCCGGGCCAGUGUGAGUGUAAUCCCGGUCAUGCGGUCACUAAUUCCAGUGAUCCGAACUCGUGUCGACCCCUGUGCCAAGAGCAGUGCAUCAAUGCCGAGUGCCUGUCGCCGGAAAAGUGCGUCUGCCUGCCGGGCUACCGAUUUUUGGCUGGCAGCAGCACCGAAUGCGAACCGAUUUGCUCCAAGGGCUGCCGUUCUGGCCAGGAAUGUGUUGCUCCCGACACCUGCGAGGGAGCCGACUCACUGAUUAGCCCCACCACCGGCCGACACCUGAUCUUCCACUGGUCCAUGUUCAUCCUGGCCAUCCUGCUCUGCCUGGCCCUGGUGAUGGUUCCCCUGCUGGUGCUCAGGGAGCUGCAACGACGUCGUCGUGGAGGCGACAAGCAGAGGAGCCACCUCAUCGAGAACCCCACCUACGGAGUUGUCCAGGCCAACACCGAGGAGGCUGACAACGAGCUGGCCAUCGGUCUGGGGGAUUAA